AUGCUCGGGCCGUCGUUUUACGGCGGGGAUAGUCUGGUUUUGGAGGCAGUAUUCCCAUUCAAAAGCUUCUAUGUUUCCGAAACGUUUGCGUUCUUCGGGUGCUUAGUGUUCAUGUUUCUCGUUGGAGUUAAAAUGGAUUUAACCAUAAUUCAAAGAUCGGGACGAAAGGCUAUGGCGAUUGGAGUUUUAGCGUUUAUAUCGCCAUUGUUUAUCAACUUUAUAUUAGCAUCAUAUCUAAAGAACUCGAUUGACAUGGACUUACAAUUGAAAAACUCCCUCACUGCGAUUGGAGCGUUUCAAGCCUCGAGUUCUUUUCAUGUUAUUGCUUGUUAUUUAGCCGAUACUAAUCUUCUAAACUCGGAUAUCGGUCGUCUUGCUCUCUCGUCUUCGAUGAUUAGUGGGAUGUUGAGUUGGCUCGCGUUGGUUGUCGUGUUCAUGGUGCAACAAACGUCGAACCGACAACAAGAUGCAUUGCCAUGGAUGGCUCUUUGCAUGGUUUGCAUGAUUAUUCUUGUGAUUUACAUUUUGCGACCUAUUAUGUUAUGGAUCAUUGAACAAACUAAUAACUCCGGGAGAGUCAUCAAAGAAGGGUACGUGCUUUUGGUGUUUUUAAUGUUGUUGUUUUGUGCUUUGUUUAGUGAGUUUGUCGGACAGCAUUUUAUGUUGGGGCCCAUGAUUCUUGGGCUGGCUGUGCCUGAUGGGCCGCCGCUUGGCACGGCGUUGGUGGAUAAACUUGACUCGUUUGUGUCAUCCAUUAUGCUGCCGUGCUACUUUGUCAUAAGUGGGGCAAGGAUCAAUCUUUCGGAGAUAAAUAUGAGGAGUGCUUGGAUUGUUCAAGUGUUGGCAUUAGGGAGCUUUCUAGGGAAGUUGAUUGGGACCGUGCUGCCAUCUUUGUAUUGCAAAAUGCCUUUGGUCGAUUCGUUAUCGCUCGGACUCAUCAUGAGCACGCAAGGCAUCGCCGAUAUUCUCACUCUCCAACAUGCCAUGCUCCUCUUUAUAAUAGAUCAGAAAUCGUAUGCUAUGAUGGUGGUGGCGAUGAUGGUAGUAACAGGGACGAUAUCACCGAUAGUGAAAAUUAUAUAUAACCCAUCAAAGAAAUACAAAUCGACUUCGAGGAGGAGGACGAUCGAGCAUGCUUGCCCUAGCGGGGAGCUGCGGUUGUUGGUUUGUAUCCAUCACCAUGACAACACUCCCUCCAUAAUCAACUUGCUUGAGGUCUCCAAUCCCACCAUCAAAAGCCCUAUCUACUUCUACCUUCUCCAUCUCCACCAACUCACGGGUCGAGCCUCUCCGCUCUUUAUCGAUCAUCAGAACGGUAGUCAUCAUGACUCCCAACGUUUCAAUCCAAUCAUCAACGCCUUCCAAAUCUACCAGAAAUACAAUUACGAUAAAGUUUCAAUGAAUGCCUUCACAUCCAUAGCUCCUUACGUUAGCAUGCACGACGAUGUGUGUAUGUUAGCGUUGGAGAAACGGGUGGCAAUGGUGAUUGUACCGUUUCACGAGUGGAGGACGUUGAAUGGUAUCGUGGAAUCAAUGAAUCAAAUAAGGGGAGUGAACAAGAAUAUUUUGUCAAAGGCUCCUUGUUCGGUUGGGAUCUUGAUCGAUCGUGUGAGCUUGCAGAGCACGGCAACGAUGUCGAUGAUGAAUAGAGCGGAUUUGUAUAAGGUGGGAAUGCUUUUCGUGGAAGGGGCGGACGAUCGAGAGGCAUUGGCGUAUGCCACUCGCAUGGCGGAGCAUCCGAUGGUGGCGCUCACGGUGGUGCGGUUGAUGCUACCGGAAAGUAAGACCGAACAUAGGGCGGAAUUGAUUCUCGAUUCGGAGAUGUUAAACGAGUUCAAGAGGAUAAUGGAAACCUCAGGGAUUCAGCAUUGUGUUUAUGAAGAGGAAAUGGUGAAAGAUUGCGUUGGGUUGAUCAACGUGAUAAGAACAAUGGAACAGAAUUAUGAUCUCAUGUUGGUGGGGCGGCGCCACGACGGCGAGUCGGAGCUGUUCCAGGGGUUGAACGAGUGGAACGAGUACCCUGAGCUGGGCAUCAUCGGAGACAUGUUUGCCUCCACCGAUUUCAGCGGCGCCGUCGCAAUGCUGGUAGUUCAGCAGCAGACAAUCGGCGACGAUGAGGAUCUCCUCGACGAUUUCCGAUGCCUCAUGGAGGAGUAA